AUGGAUAAGGCCAUAAGCGAGAUUUCUCUAGCGUUGGGAAAUGAUGCGGUUAGCAAGGAAGAAGACAUUUUGCGCUCUCAUGGCUAUUCGGAAUGGUCGACAACAAACAUAGACCGUCUUCCGGUAGCUGUGGUCUUUCCGAGCUCGACGGCCGAUGUUGUCAAGAUUGCGGAAAUUUGCAGCAAAUACAAGGUUCCAAUCAUUCCUUAUUCUGGAGGAUCGAGCGUAGAAGGUCACUUCUCUGCUCCUCAUGGCGGCAUCAGCGUUGACUUCAUGAACAUGAAUAAGGUUAUAGAGUUCCGCGCUGAAGACAUGGAUAUAACUGUCCAGCCUGGACUCGGCUGGAUGGACCUAAACGAGUCUAUCAAAACGAGCGGACUUUUCUUCCCCAUUGAUCCCGGUCCAUCUGCUCAAAUUGGUGGCAUGAUUGGUACGAAUUGCAGUGGAACCAACGCUGUGAGAUAUGGUACGAUGAAAGACUGGGUCGUCAAUCUAACAGUCGUCUUAAGUGAUGGCAGAGUGUUGAAGACACGGAGGAGGCCGAGGAAAUCAUCUGCUGGCUACAACCUUAACUCGCUAAUGGUUGGCUCUGAGGGUACACUGGGAAUAGUGACCGAGGCGACUCUGAAGUUGGCCCCGAUUCCCGAAAAGACAGGAGUAGCGGUGAUAUCAUUUCCAUCCAUCAAGAGCGCUGCGAACAUGGCCAUAGAUGUGAUACACAGGGGAAUCCCAGUCGGCGCCAUUGAGAUUCUAGACGAUGUUAUGAUGAACGUCGUCAACCGCGUGGGUGCCACUGGCAGGACUUGGAAGGAGGACCCGACCAUUUUUGUCAAGUUUGUGGGAUCUCAAGCUACCGUGGCGGACAGCAUCUCGCAAGUAAAGCAGAUCUCGAGUCGCCAUGGUAGUCUGACAUUUGAGUUCGAGCACGACGAAGAACGACAGAAAAGGCUUUGGUCCGCAAGAAAAGAGGCUCUAUGGAGUAUGCUCGCGCUGCGGAAAUCUGGCAACGAAGUCUGGUCUACGGACGUAGCUGUGCCUCUGUCUAAAGUCGCGGACCUGAUUGAAUUGUCGAAGAAGGACCUUGAAGGGCUAGGGCUUUUGGAAGCAUCUUAG